AUGAGUGCAUCAGAUGUGACGGAAGCAGUAAACUUAUUCCUAAUGAGAAAAUUUGACCAGUGCUUCAGAGAAUGUAAUGGCAUCAUAAAGACUGCCAAAUGUGAACCAGAGCAAGAAAGAAACCAGAAGCUGAUAGAAGCUGCAACAGCACUGGGAAUACAAGCCCUGGCAGAAACAGACAUGUGGUACUGUGCCAUAGCCUUCAUCACUGAGGUCUAUGGCAUGGUUGAGAUGUGUCCAUCUAGCAUUAUCCAGCUGUGCAUCCUUUUGCAUGCUCAAGUUAAAGAAUACUUGCCUUGUCAUAAAAUUGUUGAGAUGUGGCUGAGCAACCCUUAUAAUCAGAAAAGCAAACAACAUGUUCAGGUUAUACGCACAUAUGCCUACCACAUUCUUUGCCCUGCAGGCUCCUACAAUGUCUUGAGGCACCUUGUUGAAAAUUGUGAUUCCCUUACAGAGUCUGAAAAGACAACCUUGCUCCAAAUCUCAGAGACUAAAACAUAUGAAGAGUCUAGAUUGCUUGGCAGUAAAACAACCAGUCCAGCAGUACCAGAUAGUUCAAAAAGCAAUGUAACAGAGCCUGUGAGUGAAAACCAUAAUGUUAAUAAUAAGUCAACUAUGCCAGAUUCAAGUGACGAGACUCUUGCUAAAAGUGAAACCCCAGACAAUUCUGUGACAAGGGCAAGAAACAAAGCAUUUCCAAGGAUAAUAG